AUGCCGUCUCAUCCGGUGUCUCCCACACGACUUCCGUCGUGCGUAAUCUUUUUCGCCAUGAGCUUUGUGGAAUAUAACGACCUGAUUCAAGAUGGGGACGUCGCCAUUGUUUACCUGAGCUACAACUCUUUGAUGCCCGUCAAGGUGCAGCAUGGCGCCCAAACACAGACCCGCUAUGGGGCGAUUCGCCACUCCACGGACCUUAUUGGUCAGCGCUACGGAUCAAAGGUAACUUGCAGCAAAGGCGGCUGGGUCUAUGUGCUCCACCCGACCCCCGAGCUUUGGACAGUCGCCCUGCCGCACCGCACCCAGAUUCUCUACACCACCGACAUCGCCACCAUCACCAUGAUGCUGGACCUGAAGCCGGGCUCUGUGGUUUGCGAAUCAGGUACGGGUAGCGGCUCCCUCUCCCACGCCAUCCUCCGCACCAUCGCCCCCACGGGCCACCUGCACACGGUGGAGUUCCACCAGCAGCGGGCGGAGAAGGCGGCCGAAGAGUUCGCCGAGCACCGCGUGGCCCACCUGGUCACCGUCCGGAACCAGGACGUGUGCAAGGAGGGCUUCGGCGUGGCGGGCGUGGCCGACGCCGUCUUCCUGGACAUCCCUAGCCCCUGGGAGGCCGUGGGGCACGCCAAGUCCGCCAUGAAGAAGCACGGAGGCCGGGUGUGCUCCUUCUCUCCGUGCAUCGAGCAGGUCCAGAGGACCUGCGAGGCGCUGGCCAGCCACGGCUUCGAGGAGAUCAGCACCCUGGAGGUCCUGGUGAGGCUUCUGGACGUCCGCACCGUCUCCCUGCCGCUGCCCGAAUUUGGGCCGGAUUCGUCCGCUCGGACCGAGCUGGACGGCACGGAGAAACCGCCCGCUCCCGGCGCUCCCAACCACCCCUCCGAGACCCUGAGGACCACCAUUCCACACAGAGAAAUCCCCGGCCACACCGGGUUCCUCACUUUUGCCACCAAACCGAGAUGUUAAAACUCAGGAGAAAGCUUUUUUUUUGGUUUUUGGUUUUUUCCCCGAAUUGCAGUUACAGCCCAGUUUAUAAUCCCCUUUUCUCAUUUGUGAAACUAAUAAUCCGGCAGGAGUGCCAGGCUCCUCCAGCUCCCAGUGCGCACGGCAGCAUCAAGAGGAUUUACACUUUAUAUUACAUAAUUUUAGUUUUUUUCUUUUCUUUUUGGCAUCAGUUUGUUGCUUGAAUCAAGCAGGAGGUAAAAUCCGGCUUUUUUUUUCAUUUGUGAAGAAAAGGAUUUAUAACCCUGGGAUCUAUUCUAUAUGUGUAUAACCUUUUAAUAGAAUAUGUUUUAAGAACUGCUUUUAUUUUUUUUAUUUUUUUUUGCAUUUUUCUGUU